AUGAGCCGCGGCGCGCACCGGGAGAUGCCGGCCGCGGGCGGGGGCGGGGGAGUGGGGACGAAGCUCAAGGCGACGCCCCGGGCGCUCUUUUCGUGUGGCAUCUUCAGCACCUGCACGCACCCGGCGCUCAGCCCCACGGCCACGCCCAACAACAAUGCCGCGGCGGGGAAUGGUGGGGUGAAGGGUGGCGGUGGUGGUGGGUCGGCCACGCCGGGCGGCGACGCGUCACCGGCGCUCGUGGAGGCGGUUGCGGCCUCGGCGGUGCCGUCGCCGGUGCAGUGGCAUCGUCAGAAGCAGGUUGUGCACGGGGGUAAUGCUAACGGCAGCAACGGUGCCGGGCCGUCGUCGUUUUCCUCGUCCUCGUCGAGCUCCGCGUCGCAGAGCUUCACGCAGUGGCGGCUGCCGGUGCACCACCCGCAGCAGGCGGCCUCGUCGGCGUCCGCGGCGGGGGCAGGAGCGGCCAGCCACGCGGUGGCGGGCAGCACGGAGGAGAAGUUCGCGGCGGGGGAUGUGGUGGCGGCGCUGCGUGCGGUGGAGCGGGAGAUGGAGGCCACCGAAACUUCAAAGACGGUGCCGGCUGCCGUUGUUGCCGGGGUGGUGGCCGCGGUGCGGGAGCCAGCGACGGCGAGGCUGGCGGCGAAGGUGCUGCUGGUGAUGCUCCUGGAGGAGGGGAACCGGGAGGCGGCGGUGGAGGCCGGCGCGGCGUCGGCAGGCGUGGAGGCGGUGGCGGCGUCGGGCCCCGCGGGCGCCACGGCGGAGCGCGCGCUGGCAGCACUCGAGCUGCUCUGCACGGCGGCCGGGGGCGCCGCAGCCGUGCGCAGGGAGGCCCUGGCGGCGCCCGUGCUGGCGCGCGCCGUGGAGGGCAUGUCCGGGCGCGGGCGCGAGUGCGCCAUCGGCGUGCUGGCGGCCAUCUACGGCGGCGAGGAGGCGGCCGGCGCGUCCCCGCCGCCGCCGGAGGUGGUGAAGGCGGUGGUGGGCGCGAUGCAGGGCGAGUGCAGCGCGCGCGGGCGGCGCAAGGGCGCCCAGCUCCUCCGCGCGCUCCAGGAGGGCGGCCGCCUCGGGCUCGCCUGGGACGGCGUCGGCGGCUCCUGA